AUGAGAGUCGCAAUCACUGGCGCGCGCGGCUCAGUUGGCCGAUCUGUGGUGAAGCUCUGCAUGGAUGCUGGCCACUCCACAGUGCAGAUCAACCGAACCGAUACCGACUACGACGGCACGCCCAACUCGGAAAUGUUUACAGCCGAUGUGGCCAACGACUACGAUACCACGUUCAAAGCUUUCAAGAAUUGCGACGCCAUCAUCCAUCUCGCCUCCAUCCCCGACCCGGUGGACAAGCCUGAUGACAUGGUUCACAACAACAACGUCAAUUCGGCGUUCAACUGUUUCCGAGCUGCAGCCGAACUUGGCAUCAAGCGGUUCUGCUAUGCCUCCUCCGUCAACGCAAUUGGACUGGCGUAUGCCAACCAACCGCUGAAGUUUGAUUACUUCCCGGUCGAUGAGGAUGCGCCGCAGCGGCCAACAGAUGCCUACGCGCUGGCGAAGCGGGAGGCCGAGUUGCAAGCUCAAUCGUUCGCAACUUGGUUCCCUGGAAUGAAGAUUGCCUGCCUGCGUAUCCACGAGGUGGCUCCACUCAAGCAGGUGCAGAAGGAGCACCAGGAAGAUUGGGAGAAUGCGGCAGUCAAACAGUUAUGGGGCUGGGUGAACCCUCAAGCAACCGCCAGAGCGUGCCUCCUCGCCGUGGAACGCAGCGAUAACUUCGAGGGAUGUCAGGUCUUCAAUAUCGUGGCGCCUACAACCACUCAGCAGACUGCUUCAGAAGAACUGGCCAAGAAGCACUACCCUGACACCGAGAUCCGAGGGGAUAUGUCUAAGAAUCAGGGCUUCUUCACGGUCGAUAAGGCACAGAAGAUUCUCGAUUGGACGCACGAUGAGAAGGAGUGA